AUGCAGUCAGCGCAAGUCCGUCAGACACAGGGUGUAUGUACUUUAAAGGGAACGCGAGAAACAUCGUCCGACAAUGGCAAAUCAGGAUUGAGCAGACAAGAGUGGCUCAUGGCAGGCGGCUCUCGUGAAGCCUUUGACUGCGUUGACUCAUCUUGGUUGGUCCGGCGUGUUGUGUGUGGUUUCAGGCCCACCAGUGCGGGACCAGGAGCUGGUUCCGAAGGUGGCACCUCCGAAGAGGCUGCCGAAGUCGAUUCGGGGACGGACUGGUCCGCUGGAAUCGCAAAGGUGUCCACCAGGAUGUCGAAAUGCAGAGAAACGCCUGAUUUAGGUCCGGAUGGGUUGCUGCACUGCCGCCAUCGGGUCUGA